GUCUUGCUGUGUCUCUCAGGCUGGAGUGCAGUGGCACAAUCAUGGCUCAUUGCAGCCUCAACUUCCCUGGGCUCAAGUGAUCCUCCCACCUCAACCUCCUGAGCUGGUCUCGAACUCCUGGGCUCAAGUGAUCCUCCAGCCUCGGCCUCCCCAAAGUGCUGGGAUUACAGAUGUGGGCCACGGCACCCAGUUGGAAGUUGUUUUCCGAAUGCACUUCUCCAAAGCUGGCAGCACCCACAGAACAAACUGGGUAUCAGGAGACGGCACAGACUAGGGGACUGGUAGGGGAUUAGGAUGUCCAUCCAUGCAGGGUCUUCCCCAAGUCCAUUCGGCAACCAUUCCCAGCCACCACGUGGGUGGGGCUGGGAACAGAGAGAUGAAUGCCGUCCCACCACCUAGCGCGCUCUGUGGAGGGAUGGGGGUGGGGGGGGGGGGUGGGGGAUUCCCCUCAACAGAAGGGCAGGCCUUCAAGGAGGAGUGGGGUUUUGCCAGAGGGGGAACGGCUUUACACGCAGCCCUGGCUUUCCUCAGGGUUUGAGUUGGGACAGAGCCCGGGAUGGCUGCAGAGCUCCAAUUAGGGACCUCCUGGUAGGCAGGACACAGCCGUUGGAAAGUUUUAAGCAUGAACAUGAUGGGUAAUCAGCCUUGUGUUUUGGGAAGGGCAGUCCGGUGGCCGCGAGAAGGGACAGUGGAAGUGAGGCAGGGAGAAAGGAGGCCGCUGUAAAAAUCCAAGCGAGAAGCAGCUCUAACUCCCUUCCCCAAAGAGGCUCAGCUUCCCAAGGACGAAAAUGUUGCAGGCAGGUGUCACCUCCCUGGACCUUGGUUUGCUCUCAGCAUGACGGGCGAGAGCCCUGUUGGCUGCACCACGCGGCUGGCACAGUCAGUGCAGUCCAGCCCCGGGGGCUGUAGCCGUCCGAGUCCCGGUCCAGGCCGCGAGUCCCGGGGAUAGCAACCGCCCUUGCAUGCAGCCCCGCCCCUGCCCCGGAUUGGCUGGGGUGGGGGGCGUGGCAUUUUCCCAUUGGUGCCCGUGUCGGCGCGAGCCCGGAAGCGGGCGGGGGCGGUGGCGGAGGAGCCUCGGAUGUGCCGGGGUUGCUGCGCCGUCCUCCACUACUGGCUCCUGGCGCUGCAGCCAUGCAGCCCCCGCCCCCGGGCCCGCUGGGCGACUGCCUGCGGGACUGGGAGGAUCUACAGCAGGACUUCCAGAACAUCCAGGAGACCCAUCGGCUAUACCGCCUGAAGCUGGAGGAGCUGACCAAACUUCAGAACAACUGCACCAGCUCCAUCACGCGGCAGAAGAAGCGGCUCCAGGAGCUGGCCCUUGCCCUGAAGAAAUGCAAACCCUCCCUCCCAGCAGAGGCCGAGGGGGCUGCACAGGAGCUGGAGAACCAGAUGAAAGAGCGCCAAGGCCUCUUCUUUGACAUGGAGGCCUAUUUGCCGAAGAAGAACGGAUUGUACCUGAGCCUGGUUCUGGGGAACGUCAACGUCACGCUCCUGAGCAAGCAGGCUAAGUUUGCCUACAAGGACGAGUAUGAGAAGUUCAAGCUCUACCUCACCAUCAUCCUCAUCCUCAUCUCCUUCACUUGCCGCUUCCUGCUCAACUCCAGGGUGACAGACGCUGCCUUCAACUUCCUGCUGGUCUGGUACUACUGCACCCUGACCAUCCGGGAGAGCAUCCUCAUCAACAACGGCUCCCGGAUCAAAGGCUGGUGGGUGUUCCAUCACUAUGUGUCUACCUUCCUGUCGGGAGUCAUGCUGACGUGGCCCGAUGGUCUCAUGUACCAGAAAUUCCGGAACCAAUUCCUCUCCUUUUCCAUGUACCAGAGCUUCGUGCAGUUUCUCCAGUACUACUACCAGAGCGGCUGCCUCUACCGCCUGCGGGCGCUGGGCGAGCGGCACACCAUGGACCUCACUGUGGAGGGCUUCCAGUCCUGGAUGUGGCGGGGCCUCACCUUCCUGCUGCCUUUUCUUUUCUUUGGACACUUCUGGCAGCUUUUUAACGCACUGACGUUGUUCAACCUGGCCCGGGACCCUCAGUGCAAGGAGUGGCAGGUGCUUAUGUGCGGCUUUCCCUUCCUCCUCCUCUUCCUCGGCAAUUUCUUCACCACCCUGAGGGUUGUGCACCAGAAGUUUCACAGUCAGCGGCAUGGCAGCAAGAAGGAUUGAGGCUGGGCCUUCCCCUGCUGGCCCAGAGGGGCUUCUGUCCUGUGUUGUGGGAGGGGAUGGGAGGUGCCCCUCGAGUGUGCGUGUAUCAGGGGGUCUCUUCUAUUCUCCCUUGGGUUUUAUGGGCUCUGUGGGCCCUGAAGGAAGACCUGGGCCCAGUGCCCUCAAUAAAGAGAGGCCCAGAGGUG